GGCCGCGUUCGCACUGUUCAGUCGAGGCAGCAGCGGCGCGCCACCUGCCGUCACAACUUUGUCGUGACCUCCUCCACACCUUCCCAGUUUGCCUUAGCUCCCCAGAGACAAGUACACACCUUUUGUGAUCAAUAAAUGGUCUGUAUAUUAACUUGAAUUAUACACAGUGGUACUUUAUUUUCACAUUUUCAUUUUGGUCUCGCGUUUCGGUCCCGCCAGCGCACCGCCGCCUCGCGCCUCGCGGUGGCCUGGUGGUGACGCAACUUUUCUUAAUUUCUGUCAAGUCUGAUUCGCCUGGAGACCUCCUCGCCUGCCUCAAAGGAAGACAAGUGGAAUCUGCUGCACUCCUCAAGACAUCAGAGUCGGGCCGCGUGUGGAGGAGCCUUGAGACAGCGCCUAGCGCCAUACCGCCCCCGUCACAGGUGCGGGAAGAGGAGACCACCGCGCCGCCACGCCGAGGGAGACACCGAGGCGUGACUGGACUCUGCUGCGUUUGAUGAAUAAGUGACUGCUGUCUGGAGCACAAAGAUGGUAACUGAUGCUUACAUUAGUGUGCCAUGAGGUAAACAUGUGUGAUGUGUCAGCGUUAAAGAUUCAAAAGCCAGUCGUGCAAUGUCUCAACUGAUCUCAUAUAUUGUUCAUUUCCUUCAAAAAGCUGUACAGUAAAUAUGUAAGAUGUCAAACUGAAACUUGUCCAUGUAAUAGAGAAGACACUGAGGAAAACAAUAAGUAAGCAGUCGACCACUAAGCGCCAACAUAGCCGAAGUGCGCUUUUGAUUGACGGACAUGAAUAAGUGAAUAAAUAUAAGAACACAUCAGACGUCUUGACAGCACCACCGAAAAACAAAAAUUCUAAACCUUGUACCAAUAUAAACGCCGUGCAGUAAAAAGUGGCAAACUUCCCUCAGCUCACACGUACACACACACACGUACACACAGACAGACAGUUAAGGCACGCUGCCAGAACCUUCACACCAUAAGACGGACACAGUAAAUCCUUAAGAGCAGCAAAAAGGAUUCUCAGGAAACAUCUUGACUGAACCAGAACUGCGAAACGACGCCUCCUUAACACUGCCCUCUCAUUGCCCAUCUGCUGCCUCUUACAACCCGCGGAGGCGCCACUUCUGCCCCUUACUUUGUGGCUCCCCGCACCUCUUCCCACGGCCAGUAGCAGCUUGAAUCAAGGACAUCAUGGCAGUGAACGUGGUCAUUCCUCUACUCAUCCCCCUUGAGGAGAAUCUGCGCAAUGCUACGCGCCUCCUCCCUGCUGGCCGCGCCUCGCCCCUGGAGUUCUCAUCGCCUCGCUAUUGCGCCACGCUGGCCGAGGACCGUCCACCAGGAGCCGCCGUCGCCACUGUCACCGCCACACACAAGCACGGAGUGGAGGUGAGGUACAGCAUCACAGGCGGGAACAGGGACGGCCUCUUCACCAUCGACCAGCGCUCAGGCACCAUCACACUCGCCGCUGCGCUGGACUUUGAACUCAGCGACAGACAUGACCUGGUGGUGACUGCUGAGGGCGGCGGAGAGGCGGCGCAUGCUUUGGUCCACGUAAGAGUUGGCGAUGUGAAUGACAACCCCCCUGUGUUUCUUCGCCCCGACCCUCGCCUCACCGUUAUAGAAGAGGACGAUAGGGAUCUCCCCGCCACCAUCGCCAAGGUGGAGGCGGUGGACGCGGACUUACUUGACGAAGGGAGGCUGGUUUUCCACGUGACUGGGGACGGCGUGGAGGAGCAGGAGGAGGGCAGCGGGGAGGCCUUCUUCACCGUUCACGCCCGCACCGGAGACCUGAUCCAGCUGAGGGCACUGGACAGGGAUCCGCCGCAGGGGAGGGGCGUGUGGCGGCUGAGGGUGGAGGUGCGGGAUGGACAGUGGUGGGGAGAUGACCAGAACUCUCCUACCUUCCCACGCCAUUACUCCCCGUCCCACCCACACCGGCAGGCGUCUUGGGGUCGUCAAGAGCCCCAGCUGCUCCCUGACGCUGCCGAGGAGGCGUUGAGAGGCUGGGAGGAUGGCGGGGUCUAUCCUGAGGUUGCAGGUGUGGCCGCCACUGGCGUCAGAGACAGAGGCGCCAGAGAAGAGCGCCAUGCAUCACCACCGAAAGCAGAAUCCAAGACACAAAUAUUCGGCUUGGUGACGCAAUACAAACUAAGUAUUGCACCAAGUAUGAAUGGUGCUGACAGACCAAGGACUGAGAAGCGCCAUCCAACCGCUGAGACCAAAUGCAAAACUCAAAGUGUGCCUGAAGACCAGAGAGACAGUGGCGACGAGCAGGGCGGCGCAGCAGAGCAGGACAGCAGGUAUGGAAGGGUUCCACUCGAUUCGCAAAUGAGAUUGAAAGACGCCUCCGAUACCUUCACGCCAGCGCCUCAUUUGCAGGGCAUAAAAGACCAUGAACAGCGACCCACGCCAGCCGACGGCAGUGGCAGAACAACAGAAGCUGUUAUAUCACAUUCUGAGAAGCCAACCGCAUACAAGCGCACAAAGCAGCCUUCCCCGCCUCCCUGGGGCCGCCGUCACACUCCUGGCUCCCGCGGCGUUCAACAUGGCACGAGGGCUGAGGGCGAGGUGACAGAACGUUCCCGUCACACAGCGCAGAUGUGGAGAGGACAAAAGAAAAUGCGAAACCCCGGAAAGCCUCGGCCCAGAGAGGGAACUGAGAACGCGAUCGCCCCCUCGCCAGUACGUCCCUGAAACAUUUAC